UAUACAUAUUAAAACCACACUCUUUGGUUUCACUUCUCAACAACACAUUAUUUAGCUCAGCCAAAAUGUUCACUUCUCCUUCUCCUCCGUCGCCACCACCAGUGCUCCAAUUAGUCAAUAGCUCAUUGUCACAAUCUUCCAACUCACUAAAGAACAUCAUCCAUAAUAUCCUAUCUUAUAACAACAACAUAAUGCUAGCAGCAAUCAUAUCACUUCUUCUUGUAAUACUCUUUAUUUUACUUCUACACAUUUAUGCCAAGUGGUUCUUAGUCGAAGCUCGCAAUAGGAGUAUUCGAAACUCACUCUCUUCUGCUUUUCAUAAUUCUCAUUCCUUCGUCGUUGAUACUAACUUUUCUAGUUCUCCAAUAAAGGGUCUCGAAAGAUCAACGAUUUCUACAAUCCCUUUGUUUGUGUACAAAGACGAAAAUGAGAAGCAGGAAGAAUAUGGGUUGGAAUGUAUUAUAUGUUUGAGUUUAUUUGAAGAUGAAGAUGUUUGUAGGAAAUUACCUAAGUGUAACCAUGCAUUUCAUGUGGAGUGCAUAGAUAUGUGGCUGUAUUCACAUUCCACGUGUCCUAUUUGUCGAGCUCCUGUCCUGAUUGACAAAUGCGAAUCCAAGAUUUAGUGUAAGCGGGAUCAGAAUGAUCGUGAUCUUAUUAUACAUAAUAUAUAUACGGGCGGAAGAGCCCCGGAUUUAUUCCUCCACUAUAUCAGAUAUUUUAAAUUUAUUCUUCAUUAUUCUUUUGGUGUCAUUCAUACACUUACUACUAGCAAAUUGUUUAGUAUAUAUGUGUAACAACUCAACCCCUGAUUUUGAGUAUUUACAUUCUAAUUUACGUUACAAACAUGCUUACAAGUUGAUAUUACCAUCUAUCAUGACUUGUUGUGAUGGUUUAAUUUGGGUUGAGACUUGAGGAUCAGUUCGGAUGAAUUUUGGAACACUUAGCAAUCAAAUUGUAAUUAUUGUUUUUUUCUGCUAUUGGUGAGUAACCUUGAAGUGUAUCGAGAAAGCGGAGCAAGGGCCAAGAUUGUGAGGUGGGCUCCCUAGGCAAGCCCUAGCCAUCUCAAUCUCAUGAAAGCGGAUGUGGUUCGUUAUACUCUUUCUAUUCCAAUUUGUUUGAUACUUUUUUUUUUCGAGAGUCAAACUUUUAAGUUUCGACCGUGUGUUUGAACAUAGAAUCUUCAAAUUUUUUGAAAUAAAAUUUACAUAUUUGAAAAUUACGUAAAAAGCACCAUAAGUCUCCACAAUUAAUAAUUUAAAAUAUCUAAAAGACAUAUGAAAACAUUACGGUCAAAGAACAACUCAUUUGACUCUCAAAAAGCGAAAGUGUCAAAUAAAUUGGGACAGAGGGAGUAGUAGGUUAUCAUUUUUUCUUCAGGAUAUUGUAUGAUCAAUAUUAAGUUAUAUAUAUUGAAAAUUGAAAAAAUUAUUUAUAUUAUCAGUAUCAUUAAAUUUAUUAUUGCAUGUUAGUUGUACAAAUCAUUCUGCAAUAGUACAUGAGUUUUUCAAGCGUAUUCAAAAUUUUGAAGUUGAAAAUUCUAAAGUUUGUUAAUUUUUGGUUGUUGAAUCAUAUGAGUGACAUUGUGCAAAGCUAAAAUCGUGGUAGUUCGAAUUAUGAAAUAAAAAAAGAAAAAGAAAAAUAAAAGACCUGAUUUUUUUAAUGGAAUCAGAAAAGGAGAAAGAAAAAAAAAACAGCAAAGGAUACGAAGAAAAAGAAAGAAAGAGAACAAGAAGCUGAAGCAAGGGAUAGAUAGAUAGUGAACGUAAUUAGUUCAAUGGUAUGGUUAUAAAUAGGUAGGCAAGGAUAGUUAUUUUAAUUUCUGUGGGUAAUUAUGUACUCUUCCUGUUAUUAUAUGUGUAAUUUUAAGCUGCGGUUAUUUUUCAAUCUCUCAAACCAAAGAAAUGCUUUUGUGUUG